AGUUCUAAAUCUCUUCGAAUCGAAAUUACACUACCGUCUAACUAAUUCGGAACUUCUCGAAUAUUCCAAUUUCCAAUUUCCUUUUCGAUUCUUAAAGAGCAACGAUCGUCUUCGCUUUUCCAAACAAUGUAAUUCGAGCAAUUUUUUUCUCACGUACCAUUUAAAGCCCGUUAAACCUAUAUUCGGACCGGUACCACGGUACAAGAAGGAGCCGGUAGAGUGAACCCAGUACCUCUAUAGUUAAUUAUCGGUACUAUCAGUCGCGUUAUAGUAAAGAAAUAGCGCGACGACUGACUUAGUAGAAAGAAUAUCCAAGUUUUUGCUACAGGCGAUCCUAGAAGAUAAUUAGAACAUGUCAAAGAAGCCAAGUACUACACAAGCAAUGCAUAAAGUUAUAAUGGUCGGGAGUGGAGGUGUUGGAAAGUCUGCCCUCACAUUACAGUUCAUGUACGACGAGUUUGUAGAGGAUUACGAACCUACAAAAGCAGAUUCCUAUAGGAAAAAAGUUGUAUUGGAUGGAGAUGAAGUACAAAUAGACAUUUUAGACACUGCAGGGCAAGAAGACUAUGCUGCAAUUCGAGAUAAUUACUUUCGAAGCGGAGAGGGAUUUCUUUGUGUCUUUUCUAUAACAGAGGAUGAUAGUUUUCAAGCUACUCAGGAAUUCAGGGAACAGAUUCUUAGAGUGAAAAACGAUGAGAACAUUCCAUUUUUAUUAGUGGGAAAUAAAAGUGAUUUACAAGAGAAAAGAAAAGUUAGUCUAGCCGAGGCUCAAGCGAGAUCGCAACAGUGGGGUGUACCAUACGUAGAAACAAGUGCAAAAACAAAGGAGAAUGUUGAUAAGGUAUUCUUUGACUUAAUGCGUGCAAUAGCCGCACGUAAAGCACAGGAAAAUCAAGGGGAUGGAAACGAACGUAAGAAGAAAAGAAACUGCUGCGUUUUGCUCUAACGAAUAUAAACUAAUGUGUAUAGCCUCUGUAACGGAACGUUCAGCCCCUAAAUAUGAAAACCUGAGUAAGAAAAGUGAUAUAAAUACACGAACGUUUUUGAACACUUUACAGUGGAAUGACAUUAAAACAGAUUAAAUGUUUUUGUGUUGGAAACACAUCGAGAUUAGCGAAC